AUGUCUGAUGCCGACGGCGCUUCCAUGAGCGUCGACGAGAUCAACGAGGAGUUGACCAUUCAAAAGGUCAUUCUCGACUCGCUCGUCGACCAAAAUCUCGCAAGCGUUGAGGACAUGAGAGAAGAUGCCCGCCAGGAGAUUGCUCGACUAAAGAAGCUCCUCCACGCCGCCAAGAAGAAGCAACAGCCGCAAGAGUCUACGCCUCAGCCUCAGCCUACCACGCCCGUCAGAAACCAAGAGGCAUCCCGGUCUGUUUCAGAAUAUCGAAAGCCUGGGGAUCGCCAAGUCAUGUACACCCCCUCAACAAACAACCAGAGCUUCAGCGAGCUCGGAUCAUACUCGUUGCCUAAUCGAAAACGGGGUGUUGAUUCCGCUCGUCUCUCUACUCAUGGAACACAGCCCAAGACACGCAGGGUGUCUCCGAUGCCGUCUGGAGAUCCCUUUUCUACCGCUCCAGCCCAACUGGACUUUAGCCAGAUAGACUUCAUCGACCUUACUGGGGACGACGAUGAUAUCGGUUCUGAAAUCGUUGCUCAGCAAAUCAAGGCCGAGAAGCAACGAGACCAGGAAAGGGCAGACCUGGAGUAUGCGCUGAUGCUCUCCCAAGGAUCGCCAGGCCCAGCUUCGACUAACUUGUCUCCUCACAACAACGCUUUCACAAGAAUCAUGAAUAGCCAACCACCCGCUGCCAGCUCACAGGGCUUUGACUUUGACUUUAGCAAUGACGACUGGAACGCAACCCCUGGACCAUCCAACCGAACUCCAGUACCAAAAGUCGAGAAUCCCGGCCUCUUCAUCCCGGGUGCAUAUGAUGCGAGCUGGGAUGAUCCGUUUGCCUCGGGGCCCUCAACCAGUUCCACUGCUAGAAGCAAUGGGGUUCACAGCUCGGCAGGAACCGGCCCUCCGAACACGCCUUAUGGGAACGUCCAAGGAGGUCGACCUAUUAAGAAUGAGUCGGCACUUAUGUCAGACUUCGCUAACAGUGUUGCGAUGGCUGAAGCUGCCCGCCUCGGCCAAAGUGUCCCCCAAUCCGGGUUUCCUGGCUUUGGACACCCUAACGGCAGUUAUUCUAAUGGAAUUCCACACCGUGGCGCUCCCUGGUCUGGUGUUCCAAGCGUUCCCGGUUCGUCCUCGGGGCAUGCCUCGUCUCUUGCUGAUAUCAUCACCAAAACGAACAUGUUCGACUAUACCAGCGGCAUGGACAGCUACGGGAACCCAUUGCCCGAGCGACUCUCGGAUUUUAUCCAAGAUGCCUACCACGACCCCAGAAUGACUGAGAAGGACCUGGACAAUCUCCUCCAGAACAUUCGACCUGACAUGGACAUCCCGGAGAUGAAUCGCGACGGUACACCGGCUGGAUUAAAGAGACCACUGUACCCCCACCAAGAGCUCGCUCUAACCUGGAUGAAGAAGAUGGAGGCGGGGUCGAACAAAGGUGGUAUUCUUGCUGACGACAUGGGUCUGGGAAAGACCAUCUCGACCCUUGCGCUGCUUCUGUCUCGCCCAGCAACCACCCGCCCCAAGACAACCUUGAUCGUCGGACCUGUGGCACUUAUUCGUCAGUGGGAGGAAGAGAUCGCCACCAAGACGAAGCUCUCUCAUCGCCUUUCGGUCUUUGUGUACCACAACCGCAAAACUACAACUGACGAGCUGCUCAAGUACGACGUGGUCUUGACUACUUACGGCACAGUUGCGCAGGAACUCAAGAAACUUGACAAGUACAUGGAGGACAACCGUGGCCGAAACAUUGACAUGAAUGACAAGGCUUUACUCGUCAAGUGCCCUCUGCUGCACCCAGCAAAGGCAAAGUUUUACCGCAUUGUCCUCGACGAGGCGCAGUGCAUCAAGAACAAGGACACGAGAACCGCCAAGGCGUGUACCCAACUGCGAGCAACGUACCGAUGGUGUCUCACAGGAACCCCCAUGAUGAACGGAGUCCUGGAGCUCUACUCGCUGCUGAACUUCCUUAGGAUCAAGCCGUACAACCAGUGGGAAGAGUUCCGCCAGGCGUUUGGUAUUCUCUUUGGUCGGAACGGUGAUCCGAAGAGCGUCGCAAUGAAGAGACUGCGAGCGCUUCUCCAGGCCAUCAUGCUUCGACGCAAGAAGAAUUCAGAACUCGAUGGAAAGCCCAUCCUGAAGCUCCCCGACAAGACUGAAGAAAUUGUCUAUGCGGAAUUGUCGCCCGAGGAACGUGACUUCUACGACCAGCUGGAAAAGAAUGCCCAGGUGCAGUUCAGCAAGUACCUCCGCGCCGGAAGCAUUGGAAAGAAUUACUCAAACAUCCUGGUCCUCUUGCUUCGAAUGCGUCAGGCAUGUUGCCACCCACAUCUCAAUCUCGAUGUGGACGACGCGGCCCCAAACUCGACCAUCUCAAACGAGGAGAAGGAAGAGUUGGUCAGGUCUUUGGAUCGAGCCAUUGUGGAGCGAAUCAAGGGCAUUGAAGGCUUCGAAUGCCCCAUUUGUUACGAUGCUGUCCCGUGCCCCAGUUUCUUCAUCCCUUGCGGACACGACAGCUGUAGCGAAUGUCUUGUUCGCAUUGCCGAGAAUGCCUCAACCCUUAAUCUGCAGGAAGGGAGUGAGAGUAGCCGGGCUAAGUGCCCUGUGUGCCGUGGCCCAUUCGACCCCAGCAAAUGCUUCUCCUACGACAUCUUUCAGAAGAUUCACAUGCCCGAGUCAGUUGUGGAGAAGCCUGAUGAGGAAGGCCAAGAAGAGGACGAUUCAUCAGAUGAUUCGGAAGAAUCAGAAUCGGAUUAUUCCUCAGAUGACGAGAUCGACCACAAGGGAAACCUAAGGGAUUUCAUCGUUAACGACGAGUUCUCGGACGAGGAAGAUACCAAGAAACCAGCAAAGGCCAAGAAGAAGAGCAAAGAUAAGGGCAAGGGCAAAGGAAAAGGCAAGAAGAAGGCAUCUGACAUCAAGCCUUCGAUGCUCAAGACCCUUCGCAAGGAGGCUUCCAAGAACCGUGAUGCGUACAAAAAGUACAUGCGAUACUUGCGCAAGACGUGGGAGCCGGCGGCCAAGGUGACGGCAUGCAUGGAUCUGCUGAAGCAGAUCAACGAAACAGGAGAGAAGACGAUCGUCUUUUCCCAGUGGACUUUGUUGCUUGACCUCCUCCAGGUGGCCAUGUCUCACGAGAAGCUGGAAAAGCCAGAGAGAUACGACGGGUCCAUGUCGGCCACACAUCGCAACAUCGCAGCCCGCAACUUCCGGGAUCGAAAGGACGUCAAGGUGAUGUUGGUGUCUCUCCGAGCUGGCAAUGCAGGUCUGAACCUGACGGCAGCGUCGCGAGUCAUCAUCAUGGACCCCUUCUGGAACCCGUACAUUGAGAUGCAGGCUGUUGAUCGUGCCUAUCGAAUCGGCCAGCAGAAGGAGGUCAAGGUGUACCGCAUCUUGACGAAGAAGACAGUCGAGGACCGAAUUGUGGCCCUGCAAAACCAGAAAAAGGAGAUCGUCGAAGCAGCUCUUGACGAGAACGAGGGCAGACAGAUUGCGCGUCUGGGCACGAACGAGCUCAAGUUCCUCUUUAAUACGCGCUGA